AUGGUGAUGCGACGGUUAGCCAAUUCUCCCGAUACACCACCUCAUGCGACCCGUAAGAGUCUGCUUGCUCAUCGCAAAGGAGGCUUUAGGUCAGUUCUCACCGACGCCUGCCAAAGGAGAGGUAAUGGUUUCGCUCUGUCCUGUUUCCGCUUGGCAAGCUUGAGUGCAAAUUGGUCUGAUUCUGCGUCUAACCCUGACUCAUGUCGAGACGAGCUCGCUUUGGUCACCUCGUGUGGGCACCUACUUUGUACUGCUGAGUGUUCCGCCUCUGCCGUUGCUAAUGCCAUCUUCUCAAGUAGUGCUCGGACAAAGGAACACCGCGAGGCUGAGGCCGAGGCCGAGGCUCAACGGCGGUCCCAGGGGCUCGGCGCUCUGGCCUGCGGUACUGUCGGCACAAUUGGGCUGGGCUGGGUUGGGCCAGGCCUCCAGAACAGCCUCGGGCACGGCAGACAGUUGCUCCGGUCUGGCUCUGUCCUCGGCGGACAAAGCGACAACUGGAACCAAUUUCGUCCGCCAACAGUUUGUCGAAACAUCGCGACACUUCUCCUACUCCGGCAUCAGCAUUAG